AUGAUUGCUCGGUAUUGCUUAUCUCUUGCAGCCAAAUCACCAUCCUGCGAUGAGGAGUUGAGAAAUAGCAACAUUCUGGUAUUGCCAAGACAGAGAACGCUAAGAGACUACAAUAACUUUGCCCAGCAGAAAAGGGGAUUCCAAGGUCAUGUAAUGGAAGAGUUGCAAAGUUUGACUAACAUUUAGUUUGAUGUGCAAGACUAUGUUGUAUUAUUAUUUUAUGAAAUGAAAAUCAACUCCAACCUAGUAUUGGACAAGGUUACUGGCGAGUUAAUUGGCGGAGUGGAUCUUGGUACCUCGCAGUGA